AUGUCUCGAUCACCUCCUGGCGAUUACUUGUCCAAGUUGAGAUAUAUAAACCAUGUCCUCGAAAUUCUCGGCGAAUCACCCGCAGUAAAGAAGUCAGCGUCCGGUAUACUUAAACAAACCGGUUAUGCAGCCGGUGGAGCCGCAAUCGGCGGAAUUUUCGGCGGCCCGGCCGGUGCUCUUAUGGGUACGGUGAUUGGUGGAAUCUUGGGCUAUUCAGCAGUCGAUCCAUACGAUGUUCGUCGCAUCGUUAUUCAGCCGUUUGUUCACUCAUUUGUUUACUUGUCUACACGUUUGUUUGUUUAA